AUGGAGAAAAAUAAAAAGAAGAAAACUUUGAAGGGAAAAUUCAGGAAUAAAGAAGAUGUUAAAAAUGAUAAAAAUAUAUUAAAAAAGGAGAAGAAUAAUAAAGAUAGUUCACAUGGUACUAUUAUUAAUACUAGUGAUAAAGAUAAGGAUGAAUCAAAAACUAAAGAUUUAAGAGAAGAUAAUAUUUUUAGAAACACUGAUAAUUCUACCAGCUUUUAUGAUAAAACAAGUGAUGUUAUAAAUGUAUUAUAUUAUAAUAAAAAUAGUAAUUUGAAAAGUUCCCAAAAUAAAGACAAAGAUACAAUUAGUAGUAAUAAUGAAGAUAUAAUAAAUAAGACUUUUAGUAUAUCAAAUAAACUAAAAAAUGACGACAUAUUUGAAAAAAGUAUGCUGGUUGUAAACAACAAGUUGGAAUGUGAAGAUACAAUCACAUUAUUAGAAAAAGAUAAUAAUGUUAAUAUGAAUGAUUAUGAUAAUAGUUCUGAAAUUAUAAAAUAUAUGGAGAAUUUUAAAGAAAAAAAAAAAUGUAUGGAUAAUAUAACCUUUUCUAUGGGAUAUAAAAAUGAAGAUAACAAGGAUGAGGGGAAGGAAAAGGAACAGCAUGAAUUAAAAAUGAAAAUAGAGGAAAAGGAAACCAUAUCAUACAAAUCAAAGAAAAAGAAAAAAAUGGAAAAAUAUCAUAUCAGUAACGAAGAAAAAGAAAAGGUCAUGAAAAAAUACAUGCUCAAUUUAGAAGAAAAAUAUAGAAAAAAAAAAGAAGAAGAUUUAAAAAAAAUUGUAGAUAAAAAUAAAGAGGAUAUGAAAAAAUUUAAAGAGAAAGAAAAUACAUUUGUUAAUUUUUUGAAAAACCCAAGACUAAAUCUAUCUAAGGAUGAAAACGUGAACAAUUACUUGAGCAUAUAUCCUAAGACAAUACAAUUUGUAGAUAUACGUAAAAACGAAAUAUUUAUCAAAGAAUUAUUAAUUACCAAUAAAAGCAAUAUUUUAUUACACAUUAUAAUUAUUCCUCCAACAUCAAAACAAUUUUAUAUUAAAGAAAUAAUUAAUAUAUAUAAUAAACAAGAGGAAAAUGAAAAAAGUAAUUUAAAUCAUCAAAUUGCACCAGGACAUUCAUUAAAGAUUAAGGUAUGUUAUAAUGUGGUUAGUUUGAAUUAUCAGGAAGAUCAUAUAAGGUUACUUUCUGAGGCAGGAAAUGAGAUAAUUGAUAUUAAAGUGUUUCACUCUAUCCCCAAGUUAAUAUUUGAAAAAGUCUUAAAUUUCGGACCAAUCCGUCCCAAUGAGAAAAAAGAGAAAUCAUUUAGUAUAAAAAAUAACGGCAAAGAUAUCAACCUUUUAAUAUGUCCGAAGAAACUAUUUCAUUUUUACGAGAAGUUAAAAAAGGUCGAAGGAGAAAAAAAAAUUUUGAAUUUAUUGUUAAAAAAAAAUAAUGAAGAAACUAAUGAUAUAGAAGAAAUUAAUGAAAAGGAAGAUACAUAUUAUAUAUAUAAUAAUGUGACAAGUUAUUCUCAUAACUUUUUGUUUUUAUAUAAAAAAUUUGUAAAUAAUUUUAAUACUUUAUAUUUCGAAAAGAUAUUACAAGAUUUGUAUUACAUCCAUUUAAAUAGUUCAGAAGAAAAUUUUGUUACUUUUACAUUUAAAUGUAAUAAAAUUGGUAUAUAUCAAAAAGACUACUAUAUAAUCACUGACAAUGAAUGUAACUUGAAUGAAUUAGAAAAAAACGAAAAUAUACCAGAUCUAAUUAAUCUGAACAAAUUAAAUAUUUUUGAGUUCUCUAUAAAUGUUAUAGUGGAACCUGUAUUAUUAAAUUUGCUCUUCUUAAAUAAUAGGAUGACACAUGAGGUUUAUUCGAACAAAAUAUCAGAAUAUUUAGAGAAUAACGAAAAAGACAAUUUAAAUUAUUUCCUUCAUUGUAGUUCUUUAUAUGCUUUUAAGUUUUCCGAUGUACAAAUCAAUAGUGCUUAUAAUUAUAUGGACAUAGAAAUUUCGAACAACGGUUUAUUAGAUUUAAACGUUGUAUGUAGUAUAUAUAUAAAAAGUUAUGAUAAUAAGGACAAGGAAUCUAUAAUUUUAAAUGUGAAUGAUAAAGGAAUAUAUUAUUAUGAUGAAUAUUUUAAUGAGAAUUAUUCUGAUUCUUUGUACAAUGAUAUAGAAAAAAACAAAAUUAUUUAUGAUAGCCAAUAUUGUAAAGAUAUAAAAAUAAAUGAAAAAAAAAAUAAGGAUAGAAAAAAAUUAUGUCCCUUUUAUAUAUAUCCAAGAAAAUUUAAUUUAUCUUACAAAAGUCGAAAGAAAAUAUUUAUUAUUUUUAAGCCAUUAGAAAGACAUAUAAAUUAUCAAAAUUAUUAUUUUAUUUUAUCUGUUAAAGAUGUAAACAAAGGUUGUGAUUUAAAUAUCAUGGAUUUAUUCAAUAUUGCUUCGAAAACAAGACAACAUGAUGAAAUAUGCGGAAUUCCCUUAGUAUGUAUUAAUGAAAAAAAUAUAAUUAAAAGAAAAAGGAAAGAAAUUGAUAAGAAAGAAAAACAAAUAUUGAAAAAAAAAUUUGGUAAGAAAAUUUCUAAAUAUUAUAAAUCAUCUACAUCUACAUCUUCGAAAACAUCGUGUAUAUCCUUAUCUGAUGAUAACAUAACCAGUUCUAGCUAUUCACAAUAUAGUGAGUCCUAUUUAAAAAAAAAGCAAACGCAAAAAACAAAAUAUUUUAAUAAAAAAGAAAGAAAAAAAAAUUUCUUAUCUCUUUUAAUUCCUUUAUAUGCAAAUAUAAUUGAACCAAAUGUAAAUAUAAAAGCUAAAAAAUUAUCCAAAAGUAUUUUUAUAAACCCUUUAUAUCUAUACAAAUGUUCAUUUACAAUGAAAAAUAAGAAUAAUUUUUAUAUCAAUUAUUUCUUCCCACUUGUUUUGAAUUAUAGUGAUAAUAGUAGGAGGGAUAAAAAAUAUUUGAUGGAAGAUAUUAUUAAAGAAGAGGAAAAUAAAGAGAAAAAUAAAGAAAAAUAUGGUUGUAUAUAUUAUUAUGAUUAUUUUGAAAUCAUAAAAGAUAUAUAUGUGAAGAAAAGUAAAAAUAAGAAAGAUCAGAAGAAAAUGUCUACUUAUAAAAUGACCACAACCAAUGAUAACAAUAAUAACAAUAAUAAUAAUCAUAAUAAUAAUGAUCAUAAUAAUAAUAAUAACAAUAAUAAUGAUCAUAAUAAUAAUGAUCAUAAUAAUGAUCAUAAUAAUAAUGAUAAUAAUAAUGAUAAUAAUAGUACACAAUUUUGUCGUAUAAAAAAGAAGAAAAAGAAAAAAGAAAAAAAAAACGUAUCCACCACAUAUAAACAAUGUAGCGAAAAAAUAAAAGAUGAUAAGAACGAUAGUGACAAAUACGAAUACUAUAAUUAUCUUAAUAGUUUAAAUAAAAAAUUAAUAAAAUAUUUUCACAAAAAAGGAGAUAGUGAUAAGGUAAGUAUGUAUGUGUUGGUUAAAAACGAUGUUAAUGAAAAUUUAAAAAAUGAUACUUUAAAAGAAAAUGAAAAAAAAUACGAUAAAUUGAAAACUAGUGGAAAGAGAAAAAAUAUUUUAAAAAUAGAAAAAGGUACAUAUUUUCUUAAACCAUAUGAAAAAAAAAAAAUUGUUUUAUAUUUAUUAGUAAAUAAAUAUGGAUAUCAUAAAAUAGAUUUCAAGAUAUUAUUUUAUAUGGAUAAUUAUAGAAUGGAAAAAACAGUUACGGCUAAAAUUUAUACAAGAUAUAAAGGUCUUCAUUUUGAUAAAGAUGCUUUUAUUUUUAAAGAUAGUUUGUGUCAUUAUAGUUAUUGUAAUAUUAUAAAGGUAAAGAAUUUAGAUAAAGACAUUAAAUUUAUUUCACUCGAUCAUGAUAAUAAAAAUGAUCAUAAUAAGAAGCCUUUUUUUAUAGACUGUGGAUUUAUUUCUUUAUAUAUGUUAUAUUUAUAUGCAUUAAAAAAGAAAGAUAAAAAGAAAAAAUUUUGUCCCAGAAAAAUAUGUACAAAUAUUAUGAACAACAUCCAAGAAAAAAUAGAUAGCGAAUAUAUAGAUCCUAAAUGUAUUAAGAAAGAAGACAAUAAUAUUUAUAAUUGUUCUCUAUGUAAAUGUACAUUUAAUUUUAAUAAAAUAUUUCAUUUUUUUGAAAAGACGUAUCAUGAAAAAUAUAAAGAAGAUAAAGCAUAUAAUUUUAUAUAUGAUUCUAAUGAAUAUUUAAUUCAAUACAUAAAUAAAAAUAUAAAUAAUCAUGUAAAAAAUUUAAAUAUUUUGGAGAGUAUUUAUAAAUGUAAAAGAAAGGAAAAUAUUUUUAUACAUAAUAAUACUAUAGUAUAUAAAAAUGAAGAGCACGUUUUAUUUUAUCCGUCCAAUUUUUUGUUGCUUCCGUUAAAAGAGGCUUUUUUCUUUUUCUUUUUUUUUUUUUCUCACGCGGAAAGUGUACAUUUGGAGCUUGGUGUAAAAUAUAAUACGUUUCGAAAAGACAUUUUUGUCGAGGGUGAAUGUAAGAGGCAGUGCAUUAAAGUAAAGUACGAAAAAAAAUUUAAAAAGAAAGAAAAAAAGAAAAAGAAUAAUUAUGAACCAUGUACCGAAUAUAAAGACAACUUAAUGAAUAAGGAGAAUGAAAUAGAUAUAAGGGCUGAUAUAAAAAUAGAAAAAAAGAACAAAAAUGAUGAUAAAAAGGAAAUCAAUUAUAUUGGUAUAUGUAGUGAGAAAAAAUAUUUUGAAGUCAAAAAUUUGAAUGAAUUGAAAAUUUCUUAUGAAAUAUGUGAUAGAAAAAAUGGUUAUUUUGAAUAUAAUUAUUUUAAGAAGCAAUAUGUUCUUGUUUUUGAUAAAAAUAUAAAUAUAGAUUGUUAUUAUGAUAAUUUUAGUACGUUUAAAAAAAUUAAUAAUUUAGAAAUAAUAAAAGGAGAAAAAAAUGGUACACCUAAUAAUAUAUUACAUAAUAUGAAAUAUAUAGGGAUACAUGAAAAAAAUGAUAGCACCAAUAAUAAUAAUAAUAAUAAUAACAAUAAAGUGGAUUGUUAUAUUAAUAAAAAUCAAUGUGAUGAUAACAAAGAUAUUCAACAUAAUAUCCUUGCGUGCAUAAUUUUUUGUGAUCCGUCCAUACAUACAAUAGAAGGACUUGGAUCAAACAAGCACGCAUUCAGAUUAUUAUUAUUUUAUGAUGAAAAUAUAACCAAAUCUAAAAACUUUAUAAACAUAACGUUUUCUGUUAAUUUGUCAUAUUUUAAUUAUAGUGAAGUUAUCAAAGUAUACUCAGAAUUUUAUAUGCACACAUUUGAUUUUGUAUAUAUAAAUGAAAAGAAUUUAUUAUUGUCUUUAUAUUUAUACAUGAAAAAGGAAAUAGAAGAUAAAGAAAGAACACACAUAAAUAAGGACAAUUUAGAGAUUGGUAAAAAGGUGGAUGAUUUAUCUGAUACGUAUUUUGAUGAUAUGAUAAACGAGUUGGAUUUUAUGAAAGCAGAAAAAAAUAAAUCAUCUGAAGAAAAUAAUAUGAACACAAAUACUAACAUUAAUAGAAAUAUAAAUAUGGAUAAAAAUAAUAAUUUAAAUAACAAAUGUGAUUACAGGUGUUUAAGUAAAACCUUUGACGGUAUAAAAAAUUAUUAUAAUGUGGAUGAAAAUGUUAUUGAUCAUUUUAAAGAUUAUAUUUAUGAAAUUAUUUGUAAUUUGAAACAUAAAGAAAUAACAAAUGAAGAGACAAAGAAGAAUGAAAAAAGAAGGGAUAAUGGAAAAAAAAAAAAAAACGAUAAUGAAAAAAAAAGUGAUAAUGAAAAAGAAAGUAAUAAUGAAAAAAAAAAUGAUAAUGAAAAAAAAAGUGAUAAUGAAAAAAAAAGUGAUAAUGAAAAAGAAAGUGAUAAUGAAAAAGAAAGUGAUAAUGAAAAAGAAAGUGAUAAUGAAAAAAAAAGUCAUAGUGAAAAAAAAAGUCAUAGUGAAAAAAAAAGUCACAGUGAAAAACAAAGUCAUAGUGAAAAAAAAAGCCAUAGUGAAAAAAAAAGUCAUAGUGAAAAAAAAAGUCAUAGUGAAAAAAAAAGUCAUAGUGAAAAAAAAAGUCAUAGUGAAAAAAAAAUCCAUAGUGAAAAAAAAAGCCAUAGUGAACAAAAAAAUGACAAUAUUGAAAAUAAUAAAUCCAAAUUUGUUGAAAAGACAAAUGAUGAAUUUAUUAAAAAUACUAUGGAUGAUGAUACUUGUUAUAACAUGAAGAAUAUUAUGAAUGAAAAUAAUUUUUCUAUAAAUUAUAAUAUUUAUGAUAAUGAAAUGUAUAAAAAAUGUAAGACUUAUAUUUGGAUACACAAACUUCUUCAUUGUCUUAAUAAUCUGAUUGAUUAUAAAUUUAUUCAUUUUAUUAAAAAAUAUAAGUAUGAAUUAUUUUAUGAAUAUGAUAAAAUAAAUAUAUUAAAUGUAAAAGAUAAAAAUAUUAUGCGUGAAAAUAAAGAAAAUAAAAUUAAUAUGGGAAAUAAAAAGGAAUUAUGUAAAAUAUAUCAUUUUGAAAUAAAUAAAGAAAAUAAUACUUUCUAUAUAAUAAUAAAUAAUCCUAAUACAUAUAAUACAAGUAUAAAAAUUAACUCAGAAAAAAGUUAUGUACGUAAUAUGAUUAACAAUAUAUAUAAUUACUGUAUACACAGCUUGAUAACUCAUAAGGAAUGGUGCGGUAUGAGCAGAAUUUCUACAAAUAAUAUGGAAGAUAAUAAAAAUUUUGAACACAUUUUGAUGGAUAGUUUUAAUUUGCACACGUUAAAUGCAAAGGUGUAUGAACAAUUAAAACAUUUAAAUACACCGUAUAUUAAUAUAAGAAAUGAUAAAAAUAAAAAAUAUAAUGAAAAUAAAUUUUAUAUGUAUUUUUAUAAUAUAUUAAAAGAAAAAAAAGAAUAUUGCUUGAAUAUUAAAAAAAAAUUAUUUCUCGAUUUUUAUAUAGACAUAUUUUUAUUCAAUCAUUUUAUAUAUUCAAAUAAAUGUUCAUUCAUUAAACUUUAUUUAUACUCUGAUAAUAUUAAUAUAUAUAAAGAUAUUAUUUCGCUUAAUAUGGAUAAUUCUAUAUAUAAUAAUCAAAUUUUUAUAUUUUCUAAAAUUAAAUCCUUACAUUUGGUAAGUUCGCAUAAAGUAAAUAAGGAUAAUGUCAAAGCAGUGUUUCUAAACCGUCUGUAUGUAGAUAAAGAAAUUCUUAGAAACUAUGAAAAGAUGAGUAAAUCUGAAAAAAAUGUUGAGGUUCGAAAGCUUUCUGAAUAUUUUGAUCAAAUAUUAAGACCAUAUGAAUUUACUAUAUAUAAUUCAUGUAAUAUCAAAAAAAUACUUACAUGGAAGAUUCAUAAAAUAUCAUAUUUGAAUCGCAAAAAUGAACAUCCAGAUACACAAGAAGAUUUAGUGGAAGCAGAUAAUAUUUCAGCUUCUAAUAGUAGAGGGAUAUAUAAUGGGAAUACUGAAAAUGUUGGAAACUCUGAAAGUUUUAGAAAUGGUGAAAAUGUUGGAAACGGUGAAAGUUUUAGAAAUGCUGAAAAUGUUGGAAACUCUGAAAGUUUUAGAAAUGCUGAAAAUGUUGGAAACUCUGAAAGUUUUAGAAAUGCUGAAAAUGUUGGGAAUUCUGAAAAUGCUGAAGAUUUAGAAAUAUUUAGGACAUAUUAUGUAGAUACAGAAGAAAAUGAUGAAACAUCUUCUAGUAUGAGUAGCAUUAGUUAUAAUGAACAAAAUGAAAUUCAAAUUAAAUAUUCAGACAAUUAUAUAGAUGAAGAAGAGAAAAAAAAAUUUCAGUUAUCUUUAGAAGACAUAUUAUAUAGAGAAGGAAAACAUGUAUUUAAGGUUACAUGUAAUUAUAAUUAUAUUGAAAUAGAUAACCCCAAAAGACAAUGUGAACAUGUUUCACAUAAUGAUAAUAAUAUAAUGGAGAAGAUCAAGAAGAAUUUUUUUAUGGAAUUUUAUUUGUCCAUAAUUGUUGAGAAGCCAAAGAUUUACUUAUUAUAUAAUAAUAAAAUAUUUUAUAAUAAGAGGAUCAAAUAUGAUUAUUAUUACUUUAAUAAGAAGGCCUACAAAAAAAUAGAUAGUAUGUACCAAAAGCAAGGAAUUAAUGAUAUUCUGUAUAAAAACAUAAAUGAAAUAAAUGAAUAUUUCGACAAAACAUUUUUAAAGAAUAAAAAGUUGAAGAUAAACUUUAUGAAUAAUAUGAAUAUAGAUUUUUUCACAUAUAUAUGUUCGAGCAAAUUUUUUGACAUCAAAAAUAUAAUUAUAGACGAAGAAACAUUUGAUCACACAAACACGAAAAUAUAUCAUAUAAAAUGCAAAAGCAAAAUAUGCCUUGACCUUGAAAUCAACCAAGACAAAUUGAAGAAAGAAAAAAUACGUCAGGAUAGUUUUCCAAAUAAUAUUGUUGAUUUGAAAGAUCAAUUCGAUAAAAAAUACAUAUACGAGGAUUUUAUAAUAUUUCAAUAUUUAACAACCAAAAAGCCACAGAAGUUUUUUAUAGAAUUUCAUUAUCACGUUCCAUAUAUAAUAUUAAAAGAGAAUAAGUAUAUAUUUCAAGUAUUUAAUAAUUUGAAAGUACAAAAUCAACAAUUCAAAUAUUGUAGAGAACUUUAUGAAAUUGAGAAUAAUUUAUUCGAUAAAAUAAAAGAAGGAAAAAUACAAUAUAAUGAAAUUGAAAUGAAGGAUAAUGUAUAUUAUAUUAAUUUCUUCUUUGACGAAUUAAAAAUGUAUAAAUCAUGUCUCUUUCUAUUUAAUAAAACAAAAAUACCAGCAAAUUGGGUGAUAAAUGAUGAAGAAAUCAUGAAUAAGGGAACAUCAAUGUUGAAAUAUGGAGAGAAUCAAAUUUUUCAUUUCAGUAAAGAUAAAGGCAUUUUAUUUGGAAAGACAUAUGAUAUGGAUCAUGUUGAGGACGAAAAAAUUGAAAGAAAUCCUUUCUUGUGCCCUGAUUAUAUCAUCAUUACAUUUACGCCCACUAGCCUUAGUAAUGUCACUAAAAUAUAUUGCAUCAAUAUUUCACCGUGCGAAAAAAUAUUUUUACAUUUAAAAGGAUGUUAUACAAAAACAAAUUGGUAG